AGUAAUGAAUGAAAAGUGGAGAUGCAUCUAGAGUUUUCGCUAAGCGUAUAUAAACACGACGUUAGGAAUUCAGCUCCAGAAUUUAGAUCUUUGAAAGAAACGUUUGAUUGAGCUUGCGAGUCUCGGCAUUCUUUUCUUAGCUUGUACUAUUGAAAGUUAUCCUUCUCUCAGUUUCGAUUUGCGGAAACUAAAAUGUCUCUUCUUCCAUUGUUAAGACGCAACUGGUGGGAUGCCUGGGAUUACCCAUCCCGAAUUACCGACCAGCAUUUUGGUAUGGGACUCUUGGACAGCGAUCUUUUGCCACCAACAUUGUACAGUGGAUUCCUGCUGCGACCCAGAACACAAAGUAACAUCGACUCUUCCGGUCUGUCAGAAGUUACGAACGAGAGUGACAAAUUCAAAGUGAUGCUGAAUGUUAGCCACUUCAAGCCAAACGAAAUCGACGUGAAGAUUGUCGAUAACAGCAUCGUCAUCCAUGGCAAGCACGAAGAGAAAACGGACGAGCAUGGCUUUGUUUCCCGAGAAUUCACGCGCCGAUACCUGCUGCCGGAAGGUACUGAUCCUGAAACUGUGAAAUCGUCCCUUAGCCAGAAUGGCGUCUUGACCAUUGAAGCACCCAAGAAAGCUAUUGAACCACCACCAAGUAACGAAAGGGUCGUGCCCAUUACCAUGGAGAAACCUGCCGUAAAGAACUAAUGAACUGUUAUAUAUCCUUAUACCUCAUCGCAAAUGCUUGACGUGGUCAAUUUCAUAAUGUAAUGUAUCUCUUAACAGCAUUGUUAAUAAUCAUUUGUAUAUUGUGUUCUUUGGAGUUAAUUGCACUUGAAAGUUUUGAAUUUGUUUAUUAGUCGUUAAUAAACUUUUUGU